GGUUUUCUACUCACCGCCGGUUCCAUUCAAAGAAUAAAUAAAGAUAUCAUUUCCUUUUUACUCGUUGAUUCAAUUCUUUAACAACCAGCUACCAUUUCUUUCUUCCCACAUAAAAAAGUCCAUGAAAAUGACCAAUUGUGAAUGCUUGGAGAUGUAGAAAAAACCCCAGCUAAUAUGCAAUCCAAGCCACAAAAGUCUCUUUCUUUACUUGCAAGGGCCAUUUGUCUCUGACACAAAUACAGAUCCCUUCCUAAAAGAAAACAAAGGGAGAAGCUGUUGAAGUUCAUAACAAGCAAUAACUGACACAACCCUAGAACUGAGGGGGAGUUGGAAUCUGAAACAGAAUCAAACAAGCUACCAGACAUAAUUCUGUCAAGCUUCUUUCGAUGAAUACUAUAAUGUGAAUGACCAACUGGGUCUUCCUUGUUUUCUGGAAAAAUCUAAGCAGGUGUCAGAGGUGAUCAGAACUGAAAGGGUGAUUGUUUUGUUUUUGUUCGGCCACUUGUGUUCGAGUGACAUGGAUGAUUUACCAAAAGUUUUGUAUGGGUGGAGCUGGGAAGAAAACAAGCUGUUUGAGAUGGCUUUGGCUGUGGUUGAUGAAGAAGACCCAGAUAGAUGGAAGGUGGUUGCAGCCAUGGUUGGAGGGAGGAAGAGUGAAGAGGAUGUGCAAAAACAUUAUGUGAUCCUUUUACAGGAUUUGCAGGGUAUAGAGUCUGGUAAAUUGGAUCACACACUUGUUGGAGAAGCCCAGCCUUGUGUUCAAGUUGACUGCUCUCAAUCUGUAUGUUGGACAGAUGAAGAUCACAAGUUGCUGAUACGACUGGACAUAGAUUGAUUGGUAGGGUUGGCAAACAAUUCAUCAGAGCAGAACUAUUCCUGUUGAGCUACUGCUCAGGAAGAUUGCAAGUCAGGAACAUAAUUGAUGGUGGUAGGAGUAUCAAUUCUUAAGCUUUGUUCGUAGUUUGUAAGGUACAAUAAAUAUCUGUCCUUUGUAAAUCAGAAGGUGCCAAUGAAAUGUGGAUCAGAAGUGUUAAUCUUCCGAUCUUUGCCUUCCA